UUAUAUAUGCUGUUGGGAAAUUUACAAGGCGUGUUAAAUGCUUGCAACUGUUCGAACAAUCUGUAAGAUGAUUUCCCUUGGUCAGUAAAAUACUUAUGUUGUUCAAGACAAAGGUGUGGUGUGAGAUAUAUUCCUCCUUUAUUACAUUGCCUCUCCUAUAUAUGAUGGAGCGUCUAGAUACUACUCAGAUCCUGACUCAUUAUCUCUGAUAGCUUCGCAGCAUUAAUUUGUACAUGCUUCAAGCUUAGCAAGGAUUUCACUAAACAUGGGACAUAAGUAUCUUCCUCUGGCUUUCUGUAUAUGGGCUUUGACAUGCUCACUUCUUCCUACUUCUAAUGGCCUUGUGAGGAUUGCCUUGAAGAAGCGACGCCUGGAUCUUGAAAGUAUCAAAACCGACAGAGUGGCGAGAGAAGAGAAAUCAAGAGAGGGCUUACGAGGCAUGCCUCAUUAUCUGCGUAGUUCAGAUGAAGCUAUAGUAACUCUGAAGAAUUAUUUUGGUGCUCAAUAUUUCGGACAAAUUGGAAUUGGCACGCCCCCUCAGAAUUUCACUGUCAUAUUUGAUACUGGCAGCUCCAACCUAUGGGUUCCAUCAUCAAAAUGCUUAUUUUCUGUAGCUUGCUAUUUCCAUUCUAGGUACAGGUCAAGCCGGUCCAGAACAUAUAAAAAGAAUGGAAAAUCUUGCGAAAUAAAAUAUGGAUCUGGAUCAAUUGCUGGUUUCUUCAGUCAAGACAGUGUUAAAGUGGCAGGUCUUAUUGUCAAGGAUCAAGUGAGUUAUUCCUUUCUGUUUAUGUCCCUCUCUGGAAGUUUUCUCGAAACUGCAUUUUCAUAUGGCUGCUAUAAUGUUUCACUUGUAAUAGUCCGUCCUUCUUUUGGACUUGGAUUUCAGGAGAUUUCAGUUGGGAAUGCUGUGCCAGCGUGGUACAAUAUGGUGCAGCAAGGUCAUGUAAAGGAGGAGGUUUUUUCAUUCUGGCUUAACCAGGAUCCGGAUGCAAAAGAGGGAGGUGAACUUGUCUUUGGUGGUGUUGAUCCAAAGCACUUUAAAGGAGACCACACCUAUGUUCCAGUCACUAAAAAGGGUUAUUGGCAGUUUGAAAUUGGAGAUUUCCUCCUUGGGGGCCAUUCCACAGGUGUCUGCGAGGGUGGCUGUGCUGCUAUUGUGGAUUCAGGAACGUCCUUACUUGUUGGUCCAACUCCUAUUGUAACUGAAAUAAACCACGCCAUCGGGGCCCAAGGAAUCGUGAGUGCAGAAUGCAAGCAAGUUGUAACACAGUAUGGAGACUCAAUAUGGGAUCUCCUAGUAACUGGGGUAUUACCCGACAAGGUAUGUUCACAGCUUGGAAUAUGUCUUUAUGACGGGGCACAGUACGUAAGCUCUGGAAUUGAGACAGUGAUUGAGAAGGGAAAAAGGAAUGGAUCAUUGCCUGCGGAUGAACUCUUGUGCACUGCUUGUGAGACGGCUGUUAUUUGGAUCCACAACCAGUUAAGACAGAAGGGAACAAAGGACAAAGUACUCAAAUACGUGAAUGAUCUGUGCGAGAAACUGCCAAGUCCAGCAGGAGAAUCAGUAAUAGAAUGCGAUAGCAUUGCAGAGAGGCCAAAUAUUGCAUUCACCAUCGCCAACAAAACUUUCAAUCUCGCUCCAGAACAGUAUAUUCUGAGAACUGGAGAGGGCCUUUCUACCGUAUGCGUCAGUGGAUUUAUGGCUCUAGAUAUCGCUCCUCCAGGGGGUCCACUCUGGAUUCUUGGAGACGUAUUCAUGGGGGCUUACCACACAGUUUUUGACUUCGGUAAUCUUCGACUGGGUUUUGCUGAAGCUGCUUAAUGACCUAACUGUCUGGUAUUUGUAGCCAGUAAUCAUACUCCCAAGCAAUGUUCUGAUAUCAUAGUUUGUGGUUAAAUAAUGUAUUUUACUUAAAAACUUUGCGAUGUUUGACAGAUGAGAAUUGAGGAGGUGCCUAUGUAUACAUACUUGAAAUAUUGCAAUACAAAUUUUCCUAUACAAAUCAUUGCUCUGGCAA